AUGCUACUCAUCGCCAAGUUCAUUCAAAAUGAACUUGACGCAGAACGCGAGAAAGUAGCCUUGCUUCACCAACAAGGUUCUCAACAAGCAGAGUUGUUGAGAGAACAAGGUGCUCAACAGUUUGAACUGUUGAGACAGCAGCAGGCUGCUGCUGGCGGGUCGAUGCACUCGCGUCGACCCGAGACUUUGAAGAUUGACAUCUCAAAGUAUAGAGGGGUCGAAGAAGACUCCCUCUUGAGAUGGUUCGUCGAAUUGGAUGACGCCAUAAGGGCGCGUCGCAUCGACGACGGGGAUAUGCAAGUUGCAUUUGCCCAGUCAAAUCUGGCAGGACGUGCCAAGACUUGGGCACUGGGGCUCAAGCUGCACGACCCAUAUGCGUUUGGGUCGUUGGAAGUCUUCAAGUCGCGGCUCAGACAAACGUUUGAACUGCCUAGAGCUGAGUUCAGAGCUCGAACCGAACUCUUGAAGCUCAAGCAGGGUAAGCGUGAUGUGCACGCUUACGCUCAACAUAUACGACAUCUCACGAGUUGUAUAAGUUCCAAUCCGGUGGAUGAACACACGUUGGUUUCGGUGUUCAUGCAGGGUCUUGCGGAUGGUCCCGUCAAGACUCACCUGUUCCGGCUUGAACUAGAUUCACUAGAACAAGCCAUUUCAAUUGCGGAGCAGGAAGACUUCAGUCUGAGACAGGCUCGCGCCAUGCUCGACAUCAUAUCGUCAACCGAGACGAUAUGA